AUGAAGCUGAAAAACAAACCAAACGGUCCUAUCAUCGUUGAUUUCACAUCAACUGUUAAGAGAGAAAAGGUUGUUAAAGCUACAAGAACGUACAACAAAAUCAACACCGGAGAAUGUUUAAGCGCUGCGAGUCUCAAUAUGGAUGGCGCCACAAAGCCUAUAUAUGUGUCAGAACACCUCACUGCAUCAACCAGAUACCUAUUUUACCUUGCUAGAAUGUUUGCCCAAAAACACAACUACGAAAACUGUUGGACAUCGUUUGGCAAAGUAUAUCUGAAACGUAACCAAAAUGAAUCUCGCAUAUACGUGAGCAGUCAAGAAGAUAUACCUUCAAAAAAUAUCUGA